AUGGACGCAACGAGCAUCGCCGUAGUAGGAGCCGGCCCUGUGGGCUGUCUGGCUGCUGUGCACCUCGCGCAGCGUGGAUUCAAAGUGGCUCUGUACGAAAGCCGCAGCGAGGCCUCGUUUACGGGCGCCUCGAAGGCGCAGCGCAGCAUUAAUUUGGCUGUAUCGGUGCGCGGUAUAACUGCACUCGCUGCUGUUCCUCAUCAAAGCACGGACAAAAAGUCCAAGUCACUCGUUGAACUCGUACUCGAAGGCGUCGUGCCGAUGUCUGCGCGCAUGAUCCACUCGCUCGAAAACGGCGAGACCAAGCUCGUACGCCAGGAGUACAGCCCUGACGGAGAGUGCAUAAACUCGUUUGACCGCGCAAAGCUCAAUCUGCUGCUCCUGAAGCAGGCCACGUCGCACACCAACGUCCAGGCGCACUUUGAGCAUACGUUCGUGAAUGCGCAACGUGCCCGCGACGACGCGACGACCACCCUCUCAUUCUAUAUCGCAGGCGCAGCAGACCCCAAGAAGUACGAGCAUUCCCUGGUCUUGGGCUGCGACGGAAUGAACUCGGCGGUGCGCGCCAAGGUCGGCCCCUACGCACGGAUCAACUCGACGCACGAAUACAUCGACUCGGGCUACGUCGAGCUGCGCAUUCCCCAAGCGCCUUCGCCGUCGUCCCACUGGGUUAACUGGAAAAUGGAUCCCUCAUGCUUGCACAUCUGGCCGAAGCACGACUACAUGCUGAUCGCCCUGCCGAACGGCGACGGCUCGUUUACCUCGACGCUCUUUGCACCCUUUGCGCUCUUUGACGAACACCUGCGCGACGAGCGCUCGGCACUCGCCUUUUUCCAGGCCAACUUCCCUGAUGCACUGCAGGCCAUGGACGAGAAGGAGCUGCUGCACCAAGUCACGUCCCAACGCCCAAGCCCCCUCGGCACCGUGCAGUGUGACCCGAUGCACGCGGGCGCGGCCGUGGUGCUCCUUGGCGACGCAGCGCAUGCCAUGGUGCCGUUCUAUGGCCAGGGCCUCAACUGCGGUCUGGAGGACGUGCGCAUCUUUAUGCAGGAGCUCGAUGCGGCGCUGAAGCAGCACGGGUCCCUGGACAAGGCCAAGGGCUUUGCGCUGUCAUCUUACACGGCCACGCGCUGCAACGACGUGCGGGCGAUCCAGCUGCUCGCGCAGGAAAACUACACCGAAAUGCGGAGCAAAGUGGUGAACCGUGGCUACCUGCUGCGCAAGUGGCUUGACGGCCUCCUCACCCGCUGGCUCCCGACGGGCUGGUGGCAGAGCCUGUACGUGAUGGUCACUUUUUCCAAUCUCGGCUACGCUACGGCUCGCAACAGGGAAAUGAGCCAGCGCUGCAUCCUGAAACGCGUCGGUCAAUUUGCUAUUGCCUCGGUUGUUCUGGUUGUGGCGUCUCAGCAGUGGGUCCAGUGGUAG